GAAAAAGUUUAUAAUUAUUUAAAAAGUUCAAUAAAUUAAGCGUAACUCCAAAAGUAAUAAAUAAAAUUAUAAAAGAAUUGAAAGAGGUCUUGAAGACAAAAUGAAUUAAAAGACUAGCUUAGACAGAGAUCAAAUUUUUGAAUAAUAAAAUUGUUUUGUUAUUAUAAUAAAAUUAGAUGGUAAAUUAAAUUCGAUUAUUAGUUACUCAAGAGAUGCAAGCUGUUUAAAAAUUUUUUAGUAUCAAGUUCAAGUAUUCUUCUUUUGGAAAUUGUUAAACAUCCCUUACCAGAAUUUAAAAGAACAAAUACUACUAAUUAAAUUGAUUGUUAUUUACUGAUUGUUUAAACUUUGGCAUUUAAACAUUUGCAAGCAAUAAUCACUCAGAAUAUAAUCAUUACUUUGUACAUUACAAAAUAGAUAUUCUUAGUUAGGGAGAUUCAAAUAAUAAAUUAAAAGGCGCAUUGCAGCCAAGUAUGACUAUUAUAAGUAAAAUAUUUAAAUUGCAAGAUGUACAUGAUAUUACAAUUUGAUUUGCAACUUUAGCAAUCGCUAUAUGGCAAUACUAACACUGCAUUACAUGGUUCACCAGAUACUAAAAUUGAAUCUCCACAUAUUGGAUUGCGGAUUUAAUCAUUAGAAGGUAAGCAUAUAUUUAACAUCUUGUUUAACAUUUAGUGCAUAUUGUAGCUAAUGAAAAUUAACAUUUAUUAUUGUAACUAUCAUAAUCACU